UCCUCUCAUCCCUCCCCCCACGUUCUUAACCCUUCUUCCUCUUCUUCUUUUUUUCAAUCUUCAUCUUCUUCUCAAAUGGGCUUAAACAACCAACUAACUGAAUUUUCAUCCGAUUCACUCCCAAUCUUCCUCCUUGCUGUCAUCGCCAACGGCGUAUCUUAUCUCCGCUCACUCCUCUUCACCUUCCUCCACUCCUUAGGCGCCGUUUCUCGUUACCCUUCUGAAGACCUAAACGACAUCGUUUUGUUCGAAGCCGUCAGCUCUGGCUUAGCCGGGCUCAUCCUCCUAGCCGACCAGCUCAAUUUAAACCGUGUGUUUUCUUACAAGUACAGUUUAUCCGAUUGUCAAAAUCCUCCGGUGACAUCUGAUUGCGUUGUGUGCUUGAACGGUUUCGCUGAUGGUGAUCACGUGCGCAAGCUGGACUGCCGGCACGUGUUCCAUAAGGAGUGCUUUGACGGAUGGCUUGAUCAGCUUAACUUUAAGUGUCCGUUGUGCCGGUCGCCCUUGGUUACCGAUGAGCGCGUGGUCAUGACUCGCCGGAGGUUGGUGGAUGACGUCAUGGAUUGGUUUGCUUACAGAUGAUGAUGUUAAGGUACUUGAUGAAUAACAGAAAUAGUUAGUUAUGGGUUUGCAAGGAAAAUCUUAGCCAUGUCCUUUUGUUUUUAACUGUUUCCAGGGUUUUCUUGUAUGGUUUUUUACUGGAAAUGGUUGAUGGAAGUUUUGGCAUUUUUUUUUAAUUUUCUUGUGUUUUGAAGAGGGUUUUGUCUACUUUGUUACUCAAAACAUUAAUAAAUGGGGUUGUUACCCUUUUUAUUGUUAUUUAA